GGAAAGGAGGAAUCAGUGCUGUGCAGAGAAGGCUCGGAGUGGAGGAAGGCGCGUACCCAGAGCGGAGCCUGGCUGAGGGGCACUGCAGCAGCAACACAAAGUUUCCUGGGCUGCUGAUGGGAGAGGUUUGAGAGGACAGUACCCUGUGCGAUACGGCGGGAUCUGCUUUUCAAAAUGGAAUUGCAGCUGGCGCUCCUUCUGGCAGGGAUAAUUGCAUUUUCGGACUCGGCGAGAGGCCCCCCAAGGAUCGCUGAUAAAGUGAUUCACCGCCAGUCCGUGAGGCUGGGCAGGACCAUCAAGCUCCUGUGCCCGGUGGAAGGCGACCCCCCGCCCCUCACCAUGUGGAUGAAGGAUGGACGGACUAUCCACAGCGGCUGGACGAGGUUCCGAAUCCUCCAGCAAGGGCUGAAAAUCAAAGAGGUGGAGAGUGAAGAUGCAGGGACCUACAUCUGCAAAGCCACCAAUGGCUUCGGCAGCACCAACGUGAACUACACCCUCAUCGUCAUCGAUGAUGCCAGCUCAGGAAAGGACAGCCAGGUGCCUGAAGGCUCCAAUGGAGAAUAUGAAGAUCACUCUGGGAAGCAGUGGGCCCGGCCCAGGUUCACUCAGCCUGCCAAGAUGAGACGCAGGGUGAUCGCCCGCCCCGUCGGCAGCUCCAUCCGCCUCAAGUGCGUGGCCAGCGGCAACCCCAGGCCCGACAUCACGUGGCUGAAGGACAACAAGCCCCUCACUCCCCAGGAGAUCGGGGAGAACAAGAAGAAGAAGUGGACGUUGAACCUGAAGAACCUGAAGCCAGAGGACAGCGGGAAGUACACCUGCCGGGUGUUCAACAAAGUUGGAGAAAUCAAUGCAACGUACAAAGUUGAAGUGAUCCAGAGGACGAGGUCCAAGCCCAUCCUGACAGGGACACACCCCGUCAACACCACGGUGGACUACGGUGGGACCACAUCCUUCCAGUGCAAGGUGCGCAGCGACGUCAAACCCGUCAUCCAGUGGCUGAAGAGGGUGGAGUACGGCACGGAGAGCAAGUACAACUCCACCAUCGAUGUCGGGGGACAGAAGUUUGUCGUGCUGCCCACGGGGGAGGUCUGGUCCCGCCCAGAUGGGUCCUACCUGAACAAACUGAUGAUUACUCGAGCCAAGGAGGAGGAUGCAGGGAUGUACAUUUGCCUCGGGGCAAACACCAUGGGCUACAGCUUCCGGAGUGCUUUUCUCACAGUCCUGCCAGAUCCCAAACCUCCCAGCGCACCUGUGCCCCCGUCCUCGGCCAGCAGCCUGCCCUGGCCCGUGAUCAUCGGCAUCCCCGCCGGAGCCGUCUUCAUCUUCGGGACGAUCCUGCUGUGGCUGUGCCAGUCCAAGAAGAAGCCGUGCUCCCCUCCGGCCGCUGCCCCCACACACCGGCCACCGCCCCGCGACAGGAUCUGCGUCUCCCAGCUCCCCGACAAAGACUGCAUCUCCUCCAUAAACUACGAGGAGUACAUGGCCCAGCAGCAGCAUUUACUGUCCCAGGGGCCCGCCCUGGCCCCUGCCAUGGCCUCCAAAAUGUACCCAAAGAUCUACACGGACAUCCACACCCACACCCACUCGCACGUGGAGGGCAAAGUGCACCAGCACCAGCACAUCCAGUACCAGUGCUAAGGCUUGGCCCCGUGUACAGCGGCUCCUUUGGGCUUUUCCUCGUGGUACCUCAGCAGAGACUGCUCCAGGUCAGCUCUCACUGCCAGCAACAGGCAAAGCAGACAGAAAAAGUUAUAUAUGUAAUUUUAAAUAUAUAUAUACAU